AUGACUGAGAAACAAGAUGAUCAACAACACUCCAUAACCUCCACCAACGACACAUCCAUCCCAAGUAGCAUUCGACCCAUGAACAACGACUUUAAUUACUAUAAUCGAGGUAGCAACAACAACCCCAACACCAUGCGAUAUGGUCCACCUUUAUUUGAUCCGACAACAGGAGAAGGAGGAGGAGGAGGAGGUCGACCACCUACAAUGAUGAUGGGAAUGGGCGGCUAUCGACGAUCCAUGGCACAUCCACAACAGCAACAGCAGCCUGUAUUUCAUCCACCGCCUGCUCAAUACCAAGCUAUGCAAAAUCGUGCCUAUCAACAACCUAUCAUUUUAUCUCCAUCAUCCAUGGGACAACAAUCAACCCCAUUACAACAACCACCACUUCCACCUCCACCUCAUUAUCUUCAACAACAACAACAACUCAUGGGAGACGAAUCGGAAUUUUCAGAUGAACUCGAUCCAUUCAUUGUGGAUGUUUUGAAAAAGCAACAAGAAAGGAUCUUUUUGCUCAAAUUGGAAAAGGAAUUGGAAGCAUUCAUCAACAAUUCACAGUUGUACAGAUUGGAUCUUCCACAAAUGAAUUCAUACCAGCGACUUUUGGUACACAAGGUGGCUCCUUAUUUCAAGUUAUCGCAUUUCUAUGAACCCAUGCGUAAAUCAGUCACUCUGUGCAAGAAUCCAAAGACUGCCAUACCCGAGACGAGUUUUGCUCAAGUGGUGGAACCAGAAACCAAAGAACAGCCUGAUUCUGCUCCAAAGUUUAAAAUCAUGCGACGUAGAUCUCAAGACAAGUCAACGAAUGGAAACGGACCUCGAGGAAGACAUUCGCCCAUGUCAUCAUCAUCCAGUGGCACCGCCACAUCAAAAGAGGGCACGAGUGUCGAUCGUAAAAACAUGACCUAUGAGGAACGUAAGGCGGCCUAUGAGGAAGCGCGGGCACGCAUUUUUAAGGAUCUUGAAGAACAACAGCAACAACAAAAGGCUGAUUCUGACAAGGAUUCUUCCUCUGCUGCUGAAGGAAAUCCCAAACCUUACUUUUGA